AUGUCUCGGUUGGAGUAUCUCACUAAGAAGCAACAUAAUCCUUUCUAUCUCACCAUUGCCCCUGUUUCUCCGCACGUGGAGAUACCUGGCCUUCCUGUGCCGUUGGCUCGACACGCCAAAGACUUCCCAAAUGCUACUGCACCCCAAGGCAAGAACUUUAAUCCUUCCGAUGCGCUGACGGCUCAGAAACCAUCUUGGUUGAAGAAGCUCCCCCUGAUGGAAGAGUCCGACAUUACUCGUGCUAACGAGCACUACCGACAUCGGAUUCGAGCACUUCAAGGUGUGGACGAAAUUGUUCAGGAUAUUGUAGAUUUCCUGGAUAAAACAAAUAUUCUUAAUAAUACAUAUAUUAUCUACUCAACUGAUAAUGGCUAUCAUCUCGGUCAGCAUCGGGUUAACGCUGGGAAGACACUUCCGUAUAUUGAAGACACAAAUGUUCCGUUUAUCGUCCGCGGGCCGAAGAUUCCAGCGAACAAAACAUCUCGUUUACCUGGAGCGCACCCUGAUCUGGCGCCGACAUUUCUCGAAAUUGCUGGCCUAGAUAAAGAGCAAUAUCCCGCCUAUCUCGAUGGACGCAGUCUUUUGAGUGAUUGGCACAACCCUACUCAGCCGGCAAAUGACUCUAAUAGUCAUGACAUUAUCAAUGUUGAGUUCUGGGGCAGCGCGGGAAUCGAGGCGCCCGGCAAAAAUAGAAGCGCCAACAACACUUACAAAACUUUGCGAGUUGUCAACGAAAAUAAUUCUUGGCUCUACUCCAAGUGGUGCACCGGUGACCGCGAGCUGUAUAACACAAAGACUGACCCAUUCGAACUUCACAACUUGGCCUUUAAUUUUGCGAAAGACGGCGAGCAUAAUCGGCUGAUUCAGCGUUUAGACGCCAUACUGCUAGUAACCAAGUCCUGCAAUCAGGAUACCUGCCGCAAUCCAUGGACUGUUCUACAAAGUACCUGUCACAAGGACGACAGCUGCCCACAUUCUGGUGUAAUUCUUAACAGUUUGGAUGUUGCCAUGGACUCGAAAUAUGACGAGUUUUUUGCUUCAUUGCCAAAAGUCCAGUUUAAAGAGUGUCUUAAUAUACAACUUGUCUCUAACGAGCAACCCUUCCUUCCUGCAUCAUCAGCAGCACUACAAAAGGACUAUCGAACAAAUACUGAUCAUUUCAAAAGUCCGGUUCACCGUGGUACAAAAGUUCCGCCCAACGAAGUAAACCAAGGCACGGUUAAUCAACGACACACAACGAUUGAGGAAAUGGAGAAAAAGUCACGUAAGCUCACACCAGCAGAGCUAGGGCAAUCAUAA